ACAUAAGUUUCCUCAGUGUGCACCUGCUAAUCUGGAAACCAGUUGCCUGCUUGAAAUCGGCGAUUCUUCUUGAAAAUCGCAGUUGCGUUGCGGUUGUUAGUUUGCUUGGUGUGCCCUCGUCUAAGGCAUGGAGUAUACUACGGAGUAAAACCUAACAGAUUAGGUACAAUCGCAGAAUUGGAUAGUACUCAACAGUAUUCCAUGCACAACGUUUUCCAAAGUUCCACAGAGUCUCAUUUCAUGCCAGAAUGUGUUGUCCAGAUGAUCACACAAACCUUCGGUUUUUCGUAGUGCAUGCCGAUUUCAUGUUAGAAUUGAAUUAAGUCAAAUUUUAUGAUAGUUUAUGAUUAAUAUAAAUCUUGUACUUAAUUUUACGCGUCUAAUGGACAUCCGCUUGCAGUAUUGCAAGAAAUAAGUCGGUCGGAUAUCGCAUUCACAAUCACACUUUUCUACUCCAGUACUUGCAUACAUGGCAUUCGUAGACUGAACAGGCAUGCCCACAAACGACAUAUUCAGUGACAGUGCAGUGCUGGAUUAAGGUUGUUUUCCAUGCAUAGAAGUUGGUAAAGAAAAUGAAGUUAUUUAUGUUUAUACGUGAAGUGCCUGCAUUUCUGAAUAGUGAGAAGGAUGUCAACGUGUGAUAAUAAUCACGAAUAUUCAUAAUUUUAUCGAAGAUCAUGUUCAGCAAGAAACUACAUGCAGACGUAAAGAAGUCUACACUUAAAAUACAAGAUUUGAAGAAGGAUUCUGCUACCCGCCUCAAACAUCUCAAGAUAAUUUUAGAAAAUGUGGAUGCAGAAGAAGCGAAAUCUGUCUUUGAGUCCAACUUCAGUCAUAUCUAUUACAUCUUAUAUGACACUUUUGUGACUGCCGAGGCAAACUUACGACAACGAGAACUGUCUUUCCAUCUUGUUCACAAGGCACAUCGAGAGGAGCUGGAAUGUGUUCUCCAAGUACUGGAAAAGGUGCUAGUGUAUCUGCCAGAACUAUUAUCAAGAAGAUGGCAAUGUCACAGUCUCACUCGCAUCAUGACCAAACUGUUACAUCCUGGAAACUCAUGGAAGCUGCGGCGUGAGGCUAUAAGAUAUUUUCUUCUGUGGUAUCAGUCAUUGGCUGACAAUUCUCCUGAAGCUCUUCAUGCCAUUUUUGCAACACUAGUUCCAGGUUUCCCCUCACCUUUUGCUGGGCAGGGACUUUCUGCUCUGAACAGGAGUUCAACAUCAGUGUUUCAUGAUAUUUCACGUGGUCCAGUGAAUGCUGUAGAGAUACAACCUCUGCUACCACCCCAAAGUGGAGAGAAGCAACCAGAUGAUCCAAUGAGAUAUUUUCUUGAUGCUUUGCUAGAGUUUAUUGUUUCCCAGGUAACAAAGAUAGAGUGGCGUGACAGGCUGUGUAAGCAACACAAGUGCUUCGUGUUUCUGUUUGAAAGAUUCAAACAGUAUUAUCUGCCUCAUAUCUUUCCCCAGUUUUCAUUUGCCACGAGCCUCUACAAGCCAGUAUUAGAUCUCCCAGUGCUGAGGAAAGGUUCUCCUGGACUUAGUGAUACCCCUGAGGGUCGAAGACGACAGGACCCAUUUGUUGUCUGCCGAGUAGUAGUUAUUAAAUGGGUUGCCACCUUCACUCACAUUACAAAGAAAGGGGAAGUACCAUUUAUGCAUACACAAUCAAAUAGUAGUGUAACUCCUAGUGAAGACACGGAUCAUUCCCCUGGUACAGAAUUGCGUCGUGUAAGUGUCAGCCAAGCUGGGUCCAAUCAUGAUGCGGCCUCACCUGCAUCAGAUUCAAAUCAUUCCUCCGUAUUCUCACAGUCAGAAGGUGGAAACCAUUCCCUUAGUGAGGAUCCAAAUGCAGCUGCAAUGCAUUUAGUCUGUGAAGUCCUUUACAGUAGUCGUGAAAACGUCAACUUCGUACAUGAGGUAUAUCGGCAGGCAUUCCUUCUUAAUUUCACGCAUUCCCCUGCCAUCAGGAAAGCCAUUGCUGUGUACAAGGACUGGAUUCAGAUGAACGUUCCUGAACUGCCGUCCUUUAUGCUGGAGCCUCUGGAAAGUCACAAAGAAGAUAUCUACAGAAGUGGUCCACCUUCCUAUGAAUACUCGUCCAUGGAAAGCAGUGAAGCAGCUGAGUCAUAUCGUGUUACUCGACUCCGGAAUGACUCUUAUCUAGGAGCAAUUCAUAAGGAAAACCUUCUUGUUCGAGCUGGUUUGCAGAAUGUACUGCAAGUGUUCAUAACCCAUGCAGCAAAUGUAUUCAUGCUUGAAGUUAGUCCAGAGUACCCCCUACUGUUGGAAGAGCAGGUGGACACAUGUAAGCGAGUUCUUAACAUCUAUCGCUACAUGGUGAUGCAUACCCGCAUGGAGUCCCGAACUUGGGAGCAACUUCUGAUGGUGUUACUCCAAAUUACAUCCCUUAUCCUAAGCAAAACUCCCCCUAAACGCAAAGAGGAAACAUUGGGUGGGAAACUGGCGCCAGCAAUAUUUCAGACACUGAUAGUGACAUGGAUCAAAGCAAACCUUAAUGUCAUAAUAUCCCCGGAGUUAUGGGAUCGGUUCCUGGUGGUUCUGUCAUCCCUCACACAGUGGGAAGAGCUGAUAAGAGAAUGGGCAAAAACACUGGAAACUCUGACCCGAGUAUUAGCUCGCCAUGUGUAUAAUCUUGACUUGAAUGACUUACCACUGGAUAGACUGACUGAACAGAAGGCAAAGAAACGAAGAGGUGGAAAACAGCAGGGUGGAGAUCAGCCACAAGCAAGCUUUAGCAGUACAGGGAGAAGGGGAAGUGAGAUAUCUUCUCAGGGCAAGACUCUUUCUCAGUCCCAUGGUCCUUCCCAGCCUGAAGAUGGCUUGAGCAGUUACACCUCUCCAGAAAUUGGCCUAGGCUUAUUACGUCUUCAUGGGAGUCCAGGGAAGCGUCGAGAUAGCUCUGGUGAUUCUUCUCAGCGAUCCCAUCUGCCUCGAAGUGUGAGUGAAAGCAACUUGAUGUAUGGUCAGUGUACACCUUCAAGGAAGAUGUACCAUACCUCAAGACCACAGAAUAAUACAGUUGUCAUUCCAGUAUUGCCAAUAUCUGUUGAACAAGAAGUUGCACGUCUCAUGGCAAGCCCACAGUCAAGUUCCAUACAUUGCCAGCCCCGUAACAGGCUGUGCAGGAAGUCUCGUUCUGUGGAUUCGUUGCGAGGAGCUCGGUCAGGAACACCAAAUCAGUAUUCAGAAUCAGAAGGACCAACCCGUUCCCCUUCUCCUGCAGCAUCAAGUGGUGUUGAGAGCAAUUCUAUCAAAGACUCACCCAUGCAAAUUGAUGUUCUUAGUGGAGGGGAUGGCACAAGUUUAGAUCUACCAGAUGGGGGCAGUCUGGAGAGACGUUCAGUUAUGGCAGGAGGUUCAGUACGUGGUUGGUUACCAGAUGUUGCUGUAGUGCUUUGGCGACGUAUGCUUGGAGCACUGGGUGAUGUGAAUCAGCUUACAAAUCCUGCCCUUCACAGUCAAGUGUUCGAGUAUCUUGUGGAACUCUGUGAUACCCUUGCCAAGAUCCGUCUGAACCAGGGUGUAUCUGAUGAUAAUCAAGUCACUCCCCCUCCACCAGAUCUCAUUCCUCCUCUCAACAUUAUUGCUCCAUGGUGCUUUAAAGCACUUACACUCCCCAGUAGUUACCAAAAAGGUAAACUGUGUGCAUACAGGCUGUUGUGCACCAUGACUGUUACCCCGCAGGAUAUUUCCCUGCCUCGUGAUCAUCUUUCACAGUUUUAUAAAGUAUUGCAUCAAGGAUUAGUGGGAACAGAUCAGGCUGUGAUCAACACUCUUGUUCAAUUUUCUGGACCUCGCUUCUUCUCACUUAUGUUACCUGGACACUCAUUACUUCUGUAUGACUUUAUUCAUGCAGCCAAUACUAUUGUUUCAUCAUCUGAUCUACGUGGGACCCCUCGGACAGAAGCAGUGUCAAUACUGGGUGCUCUUCUCUGUCUGCCAAAUACUUUUGCUGAGACCCUUGUUCUCCAACCCAAUGCUGGCGAGUUCACAAUGAUGCCAUGUUCUGAUGCCAAGGAUCAUAUAUUGAGCAUAUUGCUGAAAUGUGGUAAGCGUGAACCAGCUGGUCAAGCACGUUGCAUUGCUCUCUCCAGCCUUGGGAUUUAUUUGUACCAGGAGCUCACCCAUGAAAUUUUCCAUCCAAAAAACAAGGAGGCUAUGAAUGUCCUGUUAUUGGCCCUUAGGUUUAAUAACAAAACAGUUGGGCAAGUGGCUUCAGACAUCUUGCUGUUGCUGUGUGACCAUGCUGAUCGACUUGUAGAGCAUUAUCCAGAGAUCCCAUCCCGGAUCAUUGAGGUAUUAGCACUGACAUUAUCUCAUUUGAUGCCACAAAAUAAUGUUACAACAUCAGAGCGAGACAAGCACUUGCUGACAUCUCUCAUGUUUUGUCUUGGCGAGUGGUGCAUGAAGAUUCCUGCAAAUUAUUUGCUUGCAUCAAACAAUGGCUCCUGCCUUCUGCUCACAGUAUUCAAGGUCCUAAAUCAGUUACAAGGAGGAGGUGGCAGUGGGUCAGGGGUUAGUGGCUCAACUGGUGGCUUGUUCCAACCAGACUUGGUACAAGACUUUGAUCCUAACAUCCUAUUGGAUGAUCUGAAGGAAGGUUCUACCCCACCAGUUGGACGUCGGUCAUCAGCAAUGAUCCAAGAAAGUGGAUCACUGUCCCACCAUCAUCAUUCCAACCAGUCUAUCCAGAUGGCAGCCAGAAUGGUGAUGAUGCAUCUGGUGAACCAUCUGGGCCACUUCCCUAUGGGAAUUGGAGCUGCUCGUUUGUCAUCCAUGGUUGUAGAACAUGAUGAUGUGCCUGGCCUUGCAACAGAUGAGCUCAGUGCUGAAGUUUUUUCUGCUCCAAAUAUACAGCUUUUUGUGCUCAGCAACAGUCUUAUGGUGUCAUUAGUUGAGUUGCCAGCUCUGGAAGUACCAGGCGGUGGCAUAACAGCUGGACUGAGAACUGCCCCCUCACAAGUGAGAAUCAUUUUAAGGGACUUGAGUGGAAAGGCAUCAUGGGAUGCUUCCAUCCUUUACUGCAGUCCCGAGGACUCCAUUUGCUCACAUCGACUUACCAAAGAAGAAGAAACAGAAGAUGGAGUUGGGAUUUGUGGUUCAUCGAAACCCAUAUCAGUCUCAUCUAGAUUGGAAGAGGCCAUGUUGACAUCUAGCUUUGUAGGUGGUGAACUGCAUAGUUGUCCUCCUCAGCAUACGUUGCGUCAUCGCCCGCCUCAUAUGCUCCCAACCUGUGAUAAUGGAGCUGAAGAUAUGGACAACUUGGACGAUCUUCUCCAGUACCUGGGUUACACAAGUCCAGAAUGUUUGGAGAGUCUGGACACCCCUCGUAACAUUCCUGCAACUCCUCCUCCGCCACUGACAAGGGAAGCAGAGGAAGACACCAUCACCAUGGUACUGAACCAACGAAAUGCAGAGCAAGAGUACUUACAGCGCCGUUCAGCAGAUAUCACAAUGCUAGCAGGAUGCAUGGCAACAUUUCCUCACAAGCCAUCUCAAUCACCAUUUCAACACUGCCGGCUACUUUUCUCACAGUUGGGCCUUGCUGGUUGGGAACGUCGUUCUCAGCUUCACUUGCUGUCUAAAAAUGAAAAACUGCUGCGAGAACUACGCAAUCUUGACACACAGAGAUGUCGGGAAACGCACAAAAUUGCUGUUGUAUAUGUAGCUGAAGGUCAGGAAGACAAGAGUUCUAUUCUGUCAAAUACAUGUGGAAGUCAGGCUUAUGAGGAAUUCAUAGCAGGAUUAGCAUGGGAGGUUGAAUUGGAAUCACAUACAGGAUUCUUGGGAGGCUUACAACGCAAUAAAAGUACUGGAGAAACUGCCCCAUAUUAUGCUACGUCAUUCCUAGAAGUGAUAUUUCACGUAGCUACUAGGAUGCCCUCUUCUAGCCAGGAGUCCUUGCUGCAGAAGACACGUCACCUGGGAAAUGAUGAAGUACACAUUGUGUGGUCAGAGCACUCCCGUGAUUAUAGACGUGGUAUCAUACCAACUGAAUUCUGUGAUGUACUUAUUGUUAUCUACCCCCUUCCUAACAGGCUGUACCGUGUCCAGGUAUCUCGAAAGUCCGAGGUUCCUUACUUUGGUCCAUUAUUUAAUGAGUCAAUUGUAGAUGAUAAGGUUCUGCCUGGUCUGGUGCGGGCAUCAGCCAUCGGUGCAUCAAGAGCAAAGAGGAGCAUGCUGCCUUUCUACCAGAACUAUUAUGAAGAGCGUGCUAAGUCUUUGGAGACAGUGGUCCGUAACCACAAGGAUGCUACAACAUUUGAAGAGUUUACAGCACAGGUUUAUUCUCCAGUUCAAGCCACAUCGCCCUUCUGUCCAGGUCCAAAUCGCUCAUCAGGCACUUCAUUGAGUUCUCGUAGCCCUGAGCCAAGUAGUACGACUGCAUCGAGCUCUACCUUGGCUGCGGCAUUGCUUGAUUCUCACCAGCAUCGAUAUGGCUACUGCAACAGUAAUGCCACAGGUCAAGACAGCCGUGUGCGGGGAACAGAUGGAAUUCGAGUGUGGUUUGCAAACAAUGAAUCUGCUUCAUCUGACACUGCUUUACAUGGUAUUUCUCCUCGACCCCUCAAGAAACUUUCAUUCAAGACCACAGCCCGGAGAUCUCUUACUACAAAGUCAGAAUCAAUUUCUCUGACACCACCUGACAGCCCCACAACUAGAAAAUCAAAAUAGUUCUACACCAGACUUCAAUCUGUGUAUAUAACAUAAACUAAGGGAGAAUUAGUGUUCUCUCCUCCUCAUAGACAUUAAGUUUUUAUCAUAGUGCAUAUUGCAGAAUGAAGGAAAUCCAUUUCUUAGGUACAAAUACAUACUUGAUCGCAGUUUAAAGUAUCGAGUGUUACUUUUAAGUCUGCUGCAUAGAUUUGAUAGUGAAUUUGUUAAAUUCAUAUGCAGAGGAUCCAGAAAGGCAAUGCCAGUUGAUUUCUGGAACUUUUCUAAGGAUAUAUGGUUAUCACAUUUUGUCACUCAGUACCAUCUUUAUUGUGGUCUGGCACAUUGUUUUAGCAUUUAUAUAUUACACAUGCAGGACCAGAAUAUUAAUUUUUAACAUAAUGUGUGUUAUCACAUAGUAUGAAUAUAUGUAUGUACCAUUUCCAUAUUGUAAGACAUGCGUUGUAAUUUAUACUUGACAUAUUACUGGGUAAUGGGUACAUCUGUCUUUGUGUCUGACUUGACUUGCUUAUGCAAAAAUAUUUAGAGGCAUAAACAUUGCUACCAAAAAGCAAGUUAUCUAUCCACUUGCCCAUAUUCCCUGGUGUACUUCAUAAACAUAGUUAUAUUUUUUAAUCUGGCUUUUGUUAACAAUCCUGUGGCAAGUGGGUGAGUAUAUUUCUGAGUCCUGGUCACAAGUAUAAAAUACUUGGAAGAAGAAAUGACUAUUGCAUGUUGCAUUUCCAAGCCUGCAUAAACAAAAACAAGAAGAAGUUUUGUACUAAAGUGCUGUAAAUAAGUUUGAGUAAUCAUACAUAAUAUGUUAUUCCACCAUAAAUAGAUGGAAAUUUUCUAUACUUAAAUAAGACUAAUGAUGUGAAAGAUGUGUGUAUUGAUGAGUAUGAGUGAAUGGACGGUGUGUAUGGUUGGAUGGACAGAAAUGUGGACACCAUAUUAAUUUAUUCUGUGGAGAAAGUAGUUUCAGUUUUAUUACUGAUGUAAUCCGUAAUACUAUUUAAUUUUCAGUAGCAGGUGACAAGAUUUUUGAGGAAAAUUCUGGAACUAAUUUUAAUGUAAAUUUUGGUAUUCUUAGUGCUUCUUAACUUGUCAUAAUUCUUAAAUAUUUAUAAUAUAUCUGAGUACCAGUGGCAGAUAUACCAUUAUACUUAUAUGUUGGUCCCUGGUUCCACCUAGGUUUAUAAGUUCCAAGAUGUACAUGAGAACUUCUUCUGUUUCAAUGGAUUAUUUCUUUUAACAACUGUUGACUGUUGAAACAUCUUCAUCAGUUGGGAACCAAACAUUGCAAUUUAGUUGUUAGCACUUCUGCUCUGUAUUUUGGAAGUCACAGGUUUGAUUUAGUUUAGAGGCUGGCUGUCCUAACUGAAAAUCUUUCAGGCCCUGGGUGUAAAAGAUAAGCCAGUACCUUAAAGCAGGUCAUCACUUCCUUCCACAUACUUCCCAGUCACAUUUAUUUUAAUUCAGUGUUAUGUAAUGUACAUGUAAGAGUCAUAGAGACACUGUAAAGAGUAGAGAUUAAGUUUAUGUGGAUUAUUAAGAAAUGAAUAUGUGGGGAUAAACUGUGAAACCUGGACAGCAGAUAAUGCCUGAAAAUGGAAACACUGCAACAGAAGGUGAUUAGUUUUUAUUUAUUAGUAGUUUACUGACACCAUCAGUAGCUCAUACUAAAUAGUGUUGACUGGUAGAAUCAGUGAAUAAUGAAUUUGGAAAGGAUGUGGAAAGAAACAGGCGUGGCUUAAUAUGAGGUACUCUACCAGCAUUUGCCUGGAAGAACUGAGGAAAACCGUAGAAAGCAUCCAUUAGGAUAGCUGGUCUGAGGGCUGAGAUUUGAACCCGGGAUCUCCUGAAUAUGAAGCAGGAGCACCACACGCUCAGCUAUGACAUUUGGUAAAAGUUAGUCAAGUUAAGCAUGCAGUAGCAUUGGUUUUUGUUAUGUAUGGAUGACGGUAUGAUACCUCUGAAGGUGCAGAAUAUGGAGAUAUGGAAUGAAUGAUUACUAGGAAGACCAAGGAUAAAAUGGAAAACCGAGUGAGGUGAGGCUUAAAAAAUGGAGUAUGAAAACAGUGGAUACAUUGUAAAUGGUGAAGAAACUGAUUACUAUAUAUGUAAUAAUACAAAUGCCGUC